UUUUAGUUACAAUAAUAAUCAUUAAAUUCUUUUAAUUAUAAUUUUAAAUAACUACUUCCUAAAAUGUAAUUAUAGUGUAUUAGAACAUAAGAGGUUUUUGUGUGACAGGCGCUACACAGGAAGUAGAAUCAAUCAACAUCCGGGUGACGCGUAUUUGCACUGUAUUUUGCGUUUAAUGCUCAAUGCUAAUGCUAAACUCCAAUCAAACGACAUAAUAUAAACAUAUGGCAUCUCAGCUCCCUAUUACGAUCAAGAACCAGACGUUGUCAGCCGGUUCAACUGCGCUGCGGGGGAAGAAACGUCCUUGUAGUCCGGCGGUGUCUGUCGCCCAGCAACCCGGCGGAGGCACCAAGAAGAAGAAAGCUCCGUUAAUGACACAAAUAACACUGAGUCAGAUGUCACCAGUGGAAGUUGUAACUGACAUGAAGGCGACUGGAUUGGUGGAGAGCACUCCAUUAACAAGCAGCAGUACCAGCAUAGAAUGCACUGCCAAGGCACCGCCAUUCAAGGAUCCCACAUUCAUGCAUUCUGGGAUUGGUGGAGCGGCUGCAGGCAAAAAGAAUAGGACCUGGAAGAAUCUCAAACAAAUUCUGGUUUUGGAACGGACUCUACCGUGGAAGAUGGAUGACCCAAACUACUACAACAUUGAUGCUCCUCCCUCUCUGAAACCAUCUAAAAAAUACUCCGACAUAUCAGGAUUACCUGCAAAUUACACAGACCCACAGACCAAACUACGCUUCACAUCCACAGAGGAAUUCUCUUAUAUUCGCCUCCUCCCAACUGAUGUCGUUACAGGCUACCUAGCCCUGCGAAAGGCAACCUGCAUUGUACCCUGACAUAAGUCAUAUUUGAAUGGCUUUGGAAACUUUCAAAGUGGAUGGGAAAAUCCUCUCAAUUGGUGUGACAAAGUAUGUGCACAGAACUGAAAGGACUAAGGAAAACGAUAAGAAGAAAGUGACAUUAAUAUUUGUGAAUAGGCUUCAUCAGUUUAUCAACCAAGUCGAGAUGUCAUUGCGUUAACAAUUUUCAAUGCAAUGUGCCCCACCUGGUUGAUAAAGUCAGUCGGCUAAAAUCGCUUUUACUGUAUAUGAUAGCUAUGAAAAUAUGUAUAUAAAUAAAUACAACUCUAACUAAACAUACGCUGUGGUUUGUAUACAUGCUAUGCUAAUUCAAUCCUAUGCCUACCUACACUGCAAAAACACACCUCAUUAAAACUAGUUAAAUUGCCUUGUUUUCAGCGUAAAUCAACUAGA